GGAUUUAGUUUUGUUCGCUGAGUGCGCGUAGUUCCAAGUUGGUUAUUUCUUUCUCGCUUUUUUUUACCCUUGCGCACUUUCCAAAGUUAAUAACAAUUAUUAUUUAAAAACACACUAACAAAUUAACAAAACAAAGAACAAUAAGUUAAGCGCGGAGUGCGAACGCUGGUGUGCGCAACAUGUUAAUGACAAAUGUGCAGACGCCGCUGAAAUUGAGCAUUAAAAAGACACAGAAUGGUGUAGUCGCAGCUGCGGCUGCGUCGGCGUCAGCGUCGGCUGCGCUGGCUCGCAAUGGCAACAACAAUGCUGCGGCCUCGAACAUUGACGAAAGCGAAUCUGAUGAAGAAUCCGAUCUGGAUAUUGAGGAGGAGGAUGAUGAUUUGUUGGACGCGGAAGUUGACGAUGUGGUGCUUCAGAUUGAUAGCGAAGAAGAAGCGGAGUUGGAGGCCCAGCGCAUUCGACUGGAUGACAUGAAAGCCGCAAAAAUUGCGGCCGAAGUAGCAGCAGCGGCAGAAGCUGCAGCCGCAAAAACAGUAGCAGCGACAGCAACAAGAAAAACAUCAGCGCCGCAGUCCCAGGUCAGUAACGGUAAAUGCGCGAUUGUGCAAACGAAGGCGCCAGCGCGCAAGAGGCGUGGGCGUCCCCCAGGCAGCAAAACACGGAAGCCGCGCAAAAACUCAAAUAGCUCUCUGGCCUCUACGAGCACCGUAGCCUCCUCGGGCGUAAGCGUCUCGGAAGCUUGGCAGAUGUGCGCACAAAUCUAUGCAGAUGAAAAGUUGCGUCGAUUCGUUUACAGCUGCAUGGGCUGCACUCUCCACUAUAGUAUCGAUGUCGCGGUAGCUCAGCACUGGCGAGCACAACAUAACCCUGAACUGGAUCAGGACCACUCAAAGCCUCUGCGGAAACGCGGAAGGGCUAAAGCUGCGGCGGCGACGCCGCCAGUAUGCAACGAAGAGGAUUCACAGCUGGUUGGUCUCAGCAUCAGUGAAAUGAAGCAGUGCGCUCAGCUCCAAUUACUGAUCAAUGAAAAGCGAUUGCAGCAACUGUGUCGGGAAUGCAAUGCACAGUUCGACCAAUCCGAUGACUUGUACACGCAUCUCAGGGAACAGCAUAAUGUGUUCCAAUUGCUUGUGCCCAAGGACGAGCCAGAGGAGCAACAAGCGCCCCCAGUCCCUGCUCCCACACCACCGCUAGCCAUGGUCACCAUACCAUGCGAUCUGACUCUGACAAAAACGAUUCCGAUGGCAUUGCCCAUACCAGCGCCUGAGACGCCGCCGCCGGAGCAAGAUCCCAAAGAGGCGGAAGUUAAGGAGCCAGAUGUCAAGGAGGUGGAAGUUAAGGAGCCAGAUGUCAAGAAGGUGGAAGCAAAGGAGCCAGAGGUCAAGGAGGUGGAAGUUAAGCAGCCAAAUGCCAAGGAGACGGAAGUCAAGAAGCCAAUUGUGCAGGAAAUAGAAGUCAAGGAGCCAGAUAUUAAAGAGGUGGCCCAGAAGCAAAAAGCCCAGGAGCCGAUGAUCAAGAAUCUGAUAGCCGAGGAGCCCGAGGCCAAGGAUCAAAAUAUAAAGCAGCCGAAUGGCGAGGCAAAUGAUGCUAAAGCGCAUAAUCUCAAGGAGCCAGAUGCCAAAAAGCAAAAUCUAGAUAAGUCAGGCACUAUUGAUAAUGAUUAUAUAGAGCUGAUUGACACAAUGGUGGCAGAUAUAGAAGAAAAACGGCUACCAAAGCCAAACAAUCCCAGCGUAAAUAAGAUGGUUAUUAAACUGCCGCCAGCCAAGCGUCCGGCAGCUCGUGCGAAUCGCAAGCGCAGCAGGGCCCAAAUAGAACAACCCGAGGUAAAUAAGGAGUCGAAGAGCGGAAAACGCGUGCGCAGUCGCAAGUCCGACAAAUCAUCAGAACCGACUGUGGAGCCACAGAGCGAGGAGGAUGCUGAACAGAAAAAGGAGGCGAGUCAAGAGAAGGAACAGCCAAAGGACAAUGUUGAGCAGGAACAAGCGAAGGGACAGAAAAAAGAGGAGCAGCAAACGUUGGAUGAUAUUAAAGAGGAGCCAGAAGCUAAUGCGGAAUCAACUAGCGUACGACGCGACCGCAAAGCACGUAGCUUCGUCGACUAUGUGAUGGAUAUAAAGGACGAGGAUGACGAUGCCGAUGCAGAUUUUCAAUGCAGUUCGACCAGCGCAACAGUGUCGCCCAAUGACAGCAUGGAGCUGAACAGCUCUACGGAUAAUAGUCAACCAACUAAACGCUCACGUCACGCCGACUCCAUUAAGCGCGAAGCUUCCAUGGACUCUCAACGCAAUCCGAACGCUAAAGGCGAAAUGGUCCACACUUGUAAUCUGUGCAGCAAGACCUUCAAGCGAUUCUCUCGCAUGCAGGAUCACCUACGUCUGCAUACUGGCGAAAAACCACAUGUGUGUGGCCAAUGUGGACGCGCCUUUCGCUUGAAGAUGCGGCUGGCCGAGCAUCAGUUGCGUCACCGUGCUGAAAAGGCUUUCAAAUGCGAGAUCUGCGCAUUGCCACUGGCGACCAAACAGGAUCUGACGCUGCAUAUGCGGCACCAUAAGAACGAUCGCCGAUACAAGUGUGACUGUUGCCAAAAGGCGUUUGUACGCAGUUCCGAUUUGGCCAUUCAUGUGCGCGUCCACACCGGUGAAAAGCCCUAUUCGUGUGAUAUCUGCGGCAAAGCGUUCCGGGCGCGCCAGAAUCUUGUAGUCCAUCGACGCACCCAUCUUGGCGACAAGCCUAUUCAGUGUGAACUGUGCGACAAGCGCUUCUCGCGCAAGAUCGACAUGCGGGUACACAUGCGAAGACAUACAGGCGAAAAACCCUUCACGUGUGAGGUUUGCAAACGCGGCUAUUCGUCGCGCGUCAACCUGCAGCGACAUCAGGAGCGCGAACACGAUCCGCAAACGACGACAGCGGCAGAAGCAAGUGCACAAAGCGAGGAAGAAGUGGCGCCGAGUGAGAGUAAAAAACGGCGCACGCGUCGUCCGCGUCGGGAGAAGUUGCAGCAAAAGAUAGCCGCACAAGAGAAACUGCUGGAUGAGCUAAAGCGCACGCUUGUCGCAUUGCCCGAAGAAGAAACGCUGGGCUCGCUGGCAGAGGCCAAAGUCAAUAUUGAGGAUAUGGGGCCGGCCGAUGCGGGUGCCGGAUGUGGAACACAGACAGCGCAGCUUUCAGUCACUGUUUCCAUGCAAGUGGAGCCGGUUAAGUUGUCCGAUAGUGCCGCCAGCGGUACGGUGGGUCACGACGACGUCGAUCUGGAACUUACGCCGGAAAAAGAAAAUGCUCUUUCCAGUUCUCCAGCGGCGACUGCAGUUAGCACUCAAAAUGGGAAGCACAACAAGACUAAUCGCAAGAUAACGAGUUAUUUCACGGUUGUGGGACAGCAGGCAGAAAUUUAAAGACUUAUGAACGUGGAGGGCCCUCACGCACACAUUACUUACUCAUUAGUUUCUACAAAUAUUUAAUUUAGGACACCAUUGUACUUCAACAUUUACAUUUCUGGGUAGCGCACACCUCGCAGUUGAACUUGGUUUGAUAAUUUUACAUGAGCUUUUAUACUUUACAUCAGGGAUUAAGUAUUUCAUUAAUCGCUUUUACUAAGUUUGAAAUUGAAAAGAGUAAGAAGGUAGAUUGAAUCGAAAUUUGUUAUAAAUUGAAAACUUGAAUUUUUAAACACAAGUGAAAUGAAUGAAAUGGUUCUAGUAAGUGGCAUUUCGAUGAUUGACGAAUAUUGAACGAAAGAAAAACACAAAAAGACUUCUUUUUAAAAGCAUUAACUUAUAAAAACAGCAAGAGACUGCAAAGCGUUUUAUAUACGAGUAAAAACUUUUACAAACAGCGAGACAGAGUCAACUACAAACAAUAUAGCAUUAAAUAAUAUUGAAAAAAUAGUUAUAGGUUAAGACAUAAAUCAGUUUAACGUAUAAAUUGAUGACUAUUUGAAUGCGAAAUGAAAUGGGCAGAUUGAGCACACAAAGGCAUUUCUAAUAUUUGGCAAACACAUUAUGUUUACUCAUUCAAUUGAUUAAGCUCCGAAAAAUAGAUACCUAUUAGUCCAUAAAACACUUAUAUAGUUCAUUGAACGUGUAGAUUAACUCAGCUGAAUGAAAUUUCUUAUUUGUAAUAAAAUAGUUUAUGAAAUGUAUUAAUGUAUUAGAGACAUUAAUAAAUAAUGUUAGAAAUGCCAAUUAAACAAAACGAUUUGCCCAUUUAAUGCUUUUUCAAUUGGCUUUCAUGUUUUAGCCCCCAUGAAUUUUACACUUAUAAAUGUUAAUUUAAAAUAAAACCGCAAAUCGAAAAAUAUUAUGAAAACAAACAAGCGCACAUGGGCAAAGGUUCAACAUAUGUAAACAUUUUGUCAACAUGCGAUUCCCAUUUCUGCGAAUUUUAGAAAAAGGGAAAGAAAAAAUGAACCUAAAAUAUUUGUAAUUUCAUUAGUUUUAUAAUUGAAUGAACUGGAUGGCGCAGACAUAAAAUUAAAAAGCGAAUUACUAAACCAUGCAGUUUAUGCAAAAACUCCAAUUACAUACUCAAAUUCCAAAAUAGUUGUAAUUACAUAGAAUUACGUUUAUAUAUACAUUUGAUUGUAAUGUUAGGAUUUGCGUGUAUUUUACACAGCUCUCUUCAACUCUAUGCAACUAUCUCAAUCGCUGCUUAAUAUAUUUAUUAUUUACACUUAUUUACUUAAUUUAAUCGAAUACCAUUUACAUGUAUUCUAAUUUCGAAUGUAAGUUAAGCAAAAAGACACCGCAUGGAAAUAGCGAGAAGAACGAAGUCAAAGAAGUAGCAACAAUUUUUCAUUUGUGUUGCAAUUCAUAUUUUAUAGUAUAUACUUUAUAAAGAUAAAUAUUGCAUACAUUUAAUUUACUUUAAUUACAAAA